CAUACAACUCAGCUCUGGAGUGGUUGGUAUCAUUGGCUCGCUCUCGUUAUCGUCUUCUUAUCUCAUUCAGUCGACGUCAACUUUUAUGGAAAUCCCUUAUGUCCAGUUGCACUGGGAUUACAAACUUGUUCCAAAUACGUUUUCUUUGAACUUAGAUCCCGGUUUAUCUGCAAUGAGUCAAGCUUUACGAGAUCUCGUGGAUACAAAAGACUGGUCCUCUUACACUAUUGUGUAUGAAAGCUAUGAAGCUAUGAUUAAACUGAAGGAACUUUUGAAGCAAGAUACAGAUAAACCAGUGAAAGUUUCCGUACAUCAACUAACACGAGGAAUGAGCUACAGGAAACUUGUUAAAGAUAUCAGCCAACAGGGGGCGACAAAUAUCAUUCUUGACAUAUCAACACGGAAGAUUAAGGACUUCUUAAAACAGGCUCGAGAAAUUGGAAUGAUGACUGAAUACCAUAAUUACUUGAUAACGUCAUUGGACUUACACACCAUCGAUCUGAAGGAAUUUCAACGAGGAAGGACUAACAUAACAGGAUACAGAUUAGUGGAUCCCAAUCAGCAAGUUGUUGAUCCUGCGUGGGAUUGGGUCUACAGAGAAGGAGGUUACAGGAAGAUUUUCCAAGCCAAAAAGCUUUGGAAGACUAGAUCUGCCUUAGCUUUCGACGCUGUCACACUUCUAGCUCUAAGUUUACACAACGCCACUUUUUACGAAUUACUUCACGUCCGAUCCCUGUCAUGUGAUAACCCACGACCUUGGCCUCACGGUAAAGCCCUGUUAAACGCUAUGAAAAAGGUCAAGUUUCAAGGCCUGUCUGGAUUAGUACAGUUCGACGAAAGUGGAAGAAGAAUCAACUUUACUUUGGAUCUUCUUGAGCUUAAAGAAGACGGGAUGAAGACGGUUAGUUUGUGGAAUUUAUAA